CACAUCUCACGAACCAAAAGCCAAAUAAACAAACAUGGCGACAGGUAGAACCUCUGUAUCAUCAUCAUCGGCAACCAGCGGCCACGUAAUUGCUAAUCUGGCAUUAUUACUCUUCUUGUUGAUCUUGUCCCUGAACCCGCCCGUCCCUACCGCGGCGGCGGCGCUGGAACACGAGGUGGAGGAGGGCAGCGGCGGCCGGCGGCCAUUCCUUGUGAAGAAGGGUGAAAGGGAAACGACGGUGUCGACUGAGGACGGGGAGGUUUCCACCGUCAGAAUCAGCGACGGGAUAGGCAACGGGAGGUUCCAUAUCGAGUCCAUCACCUUGGAGCCCAACGCCUUGUUCCUCCCUGUUCUUCUCCAAUCUGAAAUGGUUUUCUAUGUUCACACAGGGAGUGGGAAUAUCAGUUGGACAGAAGAGAGUGAAACAAAGCAGGUUGAAGUGGAAAAGGGAGAUAUCUAUAGGCUCGAACCCGGAACUGUUUUCUACAUAGAAAGCAGCCCAUCAUCAGAUAGCGAGAAACUUAGAAUCUAUGCCUUCUUUGCCAAUGCAGAAAAUGACUUACAUGAACCAGCAAUCCGCCCGUACUCGAGUAUUCGCGAUUUGAUUCUUGGCUUUGAUAAAUCAGUCCUAGAAGCAGCAUUUGGGGUUCCUUCCGAAGCCAUAGAAGAGAUAACGGGAGGUGCAGAUCCAGGAGGCAUAGUGCAUGGGUUGAAGGAGGAGAGUCGUAGAGAUAGGGAGUUUGCAUUCAUGAGAGCCCUUCUGGGUGGCAAUGGUUACGUCGUCUUUAUCCCCGGCGAAAACAAAAAGAACAAAUUGUUCAAUGUUUUCUCAAAUGAGCCCGAUUUCAAGAACUGCAACGGGUGGAGCACAGUGGUAACCAAGAAGCAGUUGUCUGCUUUGAAGGGCAUUGACAUCAGUGUGUUCAUGGUUAACUUGACCAAGGGCUCUAUAAUGGGACCGCAUUGGAACCCAAGGGCUUCUGAGUUUGGAAUCUGUUUGCACGGGCAGGGAAUGGUUACAGUCGUUUGUCCCAGCAGCGGAAACCGAACAAGCUGCAAAAACAUGAGGUUUCACGUUGAGGAAGGUGACGUGUUUGCCGUGCCGAGGUUCCAUCCCAUGGCUCAAGUGGCAUUCAACAACGACUCCUUUGUAUUCAUGGGAUUCAGUACUGCGGCAAAGAACAACCACCCUCAGUACCUGGCGGGCAAAGCAUCCGUGUUACGAACUCUGGACAGAGACAUUCUGUCGGUUUCUUUGGAUGCCAAAAACACGACCGUGGAUAAGAUAUUGAACCAACAAGAGCAGGCAAUAAUUCUUGAAUGCACAUCGUGCGCCGAGGAGGAAUUCAAGGUAAUGAAAGAAGAAAUUCAGAAAGAAAAAGAGGAAGAGAAGAAGAAAAAGGAAGAGGAAGAGAAGAAGAAAAAGGAAGAGGAAGAGAAGAAGAAACAAGAAGAGGAAGAAAAGAAGAAACAAGAAGAGGAAGAGAAGAAGAAACAAGAAGAGGAAGAAAAGAAGAAACAAGAAGAGGAAGAAAAGAAGAAAAAAGAAGAGGAAGAAAAGAGAAGAGAGAAACAAGAGAAGGAAAGAGAGGAGGAGGAGGAGGAAGAAGCUAAAAAGAGACAAGAGGAAGAGGCCAAGAAGAAAGAAGAAGAAGAGCAACGAAGGGAGGAAGAGGAGGCUGCAAGAAGGGAAGAAGAAGCAAAGAAAAAAGAGGAAGAAGCAAAGAAAAGGGAAGAGCAGAGGCAAAAGGAAGAAGAAGCAAGGAAAAAAGAGGAAGAAGCAAAGGAAAAGGAAAAGCAAAGGAAAAAGGAAGAAGAAGAGGAGGCAGCUAGAAAAGAGGAAGAAGAAAGAAGAGAAGAGGCAGCUAGAAAAGAGGAAGAAGAAAGAAGAGAAGAGGAGAGUAGACAAAAGAAGGAAGAGGAGGCCGCUAAGCAGCACAAAGAAGAAGAAGAAGAAGAAGAAGAAGAAGAAGAAGAGCGACACGAGGGUGGUGGCUGGGAGUGGGGAGAGGAGGGUCCAGCAGGCAUGGACAUGGACUGGGGAAGAAAAGUCUUGAACAAGAAGAAGAAGAAGAAGAAAGAUAUGAAUGGGGCAUGAUCUUGCCUUAAAUUUCCCCCGUUUCCAAACUUUGAUGGAUAUGUAAUGUGAAUAGUUUGCUUUUGAAUAAGCAGAUGGAUCAGAACUAGUUCUUACUCAGACGACCCUGUACUAAGACCCUUGCUAAGUUUGUGAAAAUGAAAUAACUUUUGUUGU